UUAAAUCUAUACCGUGUGUUAAAUAAUUAAAAAAGAAUAAUAUUUUUAAUUGCAAUCACAAAUUAAAAUUCAUCCAUUUGAACAAAUCUUCGUUAGAUGCAUUUACGCUACAUUAAAUUUUGCAUAAUUAAUAAUUACAAUAAUCAUUUAAAAACCCCAUUAUAAUUAAAGCAAUGCUAAUUACAAUUAUUAGAAAAUAUUACAGCAAUGAAAAAUAUAAAACUCGAAAUCCUCGUAUAUCCUUGACCUAAAAAUUAAAAAAAAAAAAAUCAGAAAAAAGAAACAAAACACACGAAAUAACAAAAUUAUCCUUUAGAUAAUCUUCUUGAUCCUUUGGAUUGGAGUGGUAUCAUCAACAACAGAAUACAUGCCCAGAGGAUGGCGUCCGAGUGGGAGAUACUUCAACCCUGGUCACAGUCAACCACACACUUACUAUCGACCGCGACCUGGUCCAUCGAAUGCGAUCACUUAUCCAGCAGCUUUCUCGCCUCCUAGUAAUAUCCCAACAACACCUAGUACGUCAACGAUACCAACUACUACAACUACAACUACUCCUAUUACCACUACUACGACUGAGAGAACCAGAGAACCAACGACGCAACCGAAUUUACCUGAUGAAACUUUUGACACGAAUCCGGCCCUUGCCAUCGCCAAUUCCUUCGCGUUCAACAGACCUGUCUACGUUUAUAAUACCUUCCCGUUUCUCCCAGGACACGUCUUAGUCAAGUAACCUGACCAGAACCGAAGAAUAUCCAAGAGAGAACUUUGGAAUAAUCCGGCCAUCCUCUUCUUCUUCUCCUCCUCCUCUCCUUUUUCUUCUUCUUCUUCGCUUUUGUUCACGUAUGUAUACGUUUCAUUGUAUUAUCUAUUAUAUAUACCAUAGAUACAUUCCAUAGACUAGUUAUAUUAGUUUUAGCAAAUACAUGCUCAUCAACACUUUCUACGACCAAUUGUUUCCGAAACUUCAUGCU